AUGUUCACGAGAUUUAUAGUCACAUCCGAGAAAAGACACAAUGAUCAUGAUGCUGCAAUACAAGAGACCAGAACAAUACUUAGGAAUCAGCAAGCAUCUAUUCUCAACACUGAAAAACGACUUGGGCAAUUGGCACACCAAGUGAACGAGAGAAGACCGGGUGAACUUCCAAGUAAAACUGAGAAUAAUCCGAGGAUGGAGAAUGUGAAUGCUAUAACAUCUAGUUUUGGGGAAAUUUUCACUCCUCUGACCCCUACACAGAAGGUCUCAACUGAGGUGCCUGCAGAAAAGACAGAAGGGUCGAGUUCAGCUAAACCCGACAUGACUCGUCGAGUCCCUCUAACGGACUCGACGAGUCCAAGGUCUGAAGACAAAAAUGCUAUUUACUUAAAGACUUAUAGGCCACCUUUGCCAUUUCCAAUUCGAGCCAUGCCUGAUGAAAGGGUUAAAGCGUACAGAACUUUCAUGGAACAUGUUAAAGCCCUUCAAGUCAACAUACCAUUUGUUGAAACGAUGCUUCAAACACCUAAAUAUUUAAACUUGCUUAAGGGUCUUUUUGCUGCUAGAAAGGAUAUAGCUGAAGUAGCGAAGUUAGUAUUAGAUGAGCUACCAGAAAAGAAGGGUGAUCUGGGAAGCAUCUCGACUCCUUGUCAGUUUGGAAAUAUACUUGCUACUCAAGCAUUGACCGAUUCGGGUGCAAGUAUUAACAUAAUUCCUUUUUCUUUCUUCAAGAAGUUGAAUCUACCGGAGCCAAAGCCUAUUAAUAUGAAGAUCCAUCUAGCGGACAAGAUAAUCAUUCGUCCGAGAGGUGUUUGUGAAGAUCUUCUCAUAAAAGUGGACAAAUUUGUAUUCCCCGUGGAUUUUAUAGUGCUUGACAUGGAAGAAGACCCCAAAAUUCCAAUUAUUUUGGGAAGAUCAUUUUUGAAUACCGCAUGUGCAUUGAUAGAUGUAUGCGAGUCCACACUAACAUUAAGGGUAGGAGAUGAAUCAACAGUGUUUAAGGCUAUACAAGAGGUUAAGCAAGAAGAAACAAGAGAAGAAGAAAUUUCCUCCAUUGAUUUGGAUGAUGAAAUACUACAAAAAGAACUUGCACUCUUACAAAAAGAAGAUCCAAAUAAAUUUGUACUAUCUUCUGGAGGAAAUGGUGAUGCUGAGAAAGACUUAGAGGAGAUAGAGAAGCUAUUGAAGGGAACUGAUUCAGAAAAAUCGAUGGAAAGUGAGGAAUGUGCAUCGACUCGCUGA